AGAGUUGCAGAGCAGGACAAGAAGCUGCUGUAGAUUCAGUGGUGAACAUGGCAGUGUGUGCCUGGUCAGAAGACAUACUGCAACUCCUCCGUAGAAUGAAUAACUUUUAUUCAGCAGGCUCCAGUCGUUCCAGCUGCUUUCGGUUUGAGAUAGAAGGAACACAGGUAGGCUGGAUCCCUCCGCGUAUAGUGACGCUGCUGACGCGUUACCCAGAUGUGUUCAAUCCGCCGCACGGUGGCGCUGUGUCCCUGUCUCACAGGCUAGACUCUUACACGAAGAGAUCUGAGGCUGUGGACGCUGUCCUCACAUCUCUGAGAUCUUUGAUAGGAGAGAGCUCACUGAGCUGUCUGAAAGGAUGGAGAGAUGAGAAGUACAGUGUGAUGCAGAGAUACUCAGACCCUCCCUUCAUGUGGAUGGAAAGAGCAGCAACCUGUCUUUUUGGGGUGAGGCGGUAUGGAGUCCAUGUUAACGGCUACACUGUUAGUGAAAGUGGGGAAAUCAGCAUGUGGCUGGCCAGACGUUCCCUCACAAAGCAGACCUAUCCUGGACUACUAGACAACGUGGCAGCAGGUGGUUUGGCUGCUGGUGUUGGCAUCAAACACACACUGGUCAAAGAAUGUCAGGAAGAAGCAUGUAUCCCAGCAGCCCUUGCUGAGAAAGCUUGUCCUGUAUCCACAGUGAGCUACACUUACGAGGAUGACGAGGGCGUGUUUGCAGAAAACCAGUUUGUCUUUGAUUUGGAACUUCCCCUCCAGUUCAAGCCCACAGUAGGUGAUGGAGAGGUGCAAGCAUUUUACCUCCUGCCCAUAGAUAAGGUGAAGGAACUACUGGCAACUGAUGACUUCAAACCCAACUGUGCUAUGGUGGUCUUGGAUUUCCUCAUUAGACACUCCGUUAUUGAGCCUGAUAAAGAGCCGUUUUACCAGGAGUUUGUGAGCGGACUGCACCGGACGUUAUAGAGUGAAGCUGAAGACUGAAGCACAUUGUUGUUUACAUGUAUCACAGUCACAUGUCAG